AUGAAACAGCAAUCUAAUUAUAAAACAAGAAAAGAUUUGUCGGCAGAGAGAUUCACAGACUGGUUGAGUAUUGCGUUUGCAACGCUUGUAGGAUGUACAGGAUAUUCUAUUUCACAAGGUAUUUUAACAUGGAAAGCAUUGGGCGGAGUUAUAGGAGCAGGUAUCACUAUUUUUCUCCUAAAGAAGAAAGCCCCUGCAGUAUUCACAAACAACACGGAUGUCCCCGUGUAUGUCAAGGACGAAUACUCAGACGAGGUGUCUAUCGUUAUGCCAGGAACUAAGACUGCAGUACUCGACGGCUUCAAGUAUAGGGGCAAGCUCUACAAAAUCUCUAACGGGGUGCAUGCCACACUGAAUGCUGACGGAACAGUAUCUUACAAGAACUGGCUACACAAGAACCUUCAGCAGUCCCAAGGUGAAGAGUACAUAUUCAAAGCUGGUGAAGAAACAAGAAGAAAGAUUCAGAGCGGAAAGUAUAGACCUAUUGACUUCUGCAACAAAAAGAACCCCCUACAUAUAAAUUAUUCAACUUAUUAUGUGUGGAAGAAAAGGGACUUUGUCGAGGAUGACAAACCAGGCAGACACAAGAACGGGUACAAGAAACAGUUGACAGAGGAGCAAGAGCAAAAGAUUUGCGAGCUUAGGGUAAAGGAAGAAUACUAUGGACUUCCCAUUACUGAAUUCCAUAAUAUUAUCAAAGAGGAAUAUCCUUGCUCCUAUAAAGUAUUAUGGAAGCUACUUACAAAACACGGACUUGUAAGGAAACCCAAAGAGAAGCAUGAAGGAACAUUCGGGGACACUCCUGAAGGAUACCUGCAUAUUGAUGUUACAUAUAUGCCAUAUAUUAAAGGAAUAAGAACUUAUUUGUUCGUUGCCAUAGAUCGAAAGACAAGGCUUGCAUAUUGGGAACUCUAUGACAGAAAGACAGUGGAAAAUACAAUAGAUUUCGCCCAGAAGUGCAGACAGUUCUAUCCAUUCCCGAUUUACCAUAUACUGACAGAUAACGGCAAGGAGUUCAGCGCAAAGUUCUCGAAAGACUGGUGUUCUUUCAAUCGCAUUGCCUACUCUCAUACAAAGCCAUAUACUCCACAAACAAACGGCAUGGUGGAACGACUGAACGGAACAAUAAAAAAAGAACUGAUCCAUAGACAAAGAUUCUCGAGCAUCAUGCGAUUAAACAAAUGUCUGAAGGAAUAUCAAGACUACUACAACAAUAAAAGGAGGCAUUCUUCAAUACAAGCAACUCCAGUAGAGGUGGGAAGAAACUUAGGCUAUGCAGUAUAA